GCUCGCCUGUUGGAAGAUUUCGCCUCCACUGUGAGCCAGACUCGCUCGAGCGGCGGAAGCCUGGUCGCUCCUCUUCGCCGUCUCUUUUGUUAGCUCUCGCCCUGGAAGAAAAAAACACGACAGCCGCAUUCAUGUAAUUUGCACACGGACUGGAAAAUGAUCAUCUGUACGAAUAAAAUGGAGUACCCUCUGAGAAGCCCGCGCCAGCUUGUCCAGAAACAGGCGAUGGUGAACAACGAGAAGGAGCGAGUGUCGCUGCUCUUCGUGAAGGCUCUGAGCGGCAGGGGCAGCGUGGACGCCGUCUCCCAGCAGAUGGCCUCCCACCCUCAGUACUUGGACAGCUUCCUGCGAGCGCAGCACUACAUCCUGCACAUGGACGGCCCCCUGCCCCUGCCGUGCCGCCAUUACAUCGCCAUCAUGGCGGCUGCACGACAUCACUGCAACUACCUGGUGUACCUGCACUCGGCGCAGUUCCUGAGGCUUGGCGGCGACCCCCUGUGGCUGCAGGGCUUGGAGGCGGCGCCCCCGCGCCUCCGCCUCCUCGACCACAUCAACAAAGUCCUCGCCCACCAGCCCUGGCUCACGGCCUGCUCACACAUUAAGACGCUCCUCAAGUCGGGCGAGCAGUGCUGGUCACUGGCCGAGCUGGUGCAGGCGGUGGUCAUUCUGGCCCACUGCCACUCGCUGUGCAGCUUCGUCUUUGGCUCCAACGCCGACUCGGACUUGGCGCCCCUCAGCCGGUCCCCCAACGGGACACCGCCGACCUUCUGCCCCUUUGACGCUGCUAACGGCAACCCCAACGUGCCUCAGUCGGAGCACAGAGCACGGCGACGGUCUUUGGAUUCGACUACCGAUGCGCCGUGUCUGAAGGAGCGGAUCCACAGGUCCACACAGGAGGAGCGAGACAGGCUGCAGACGCUCCAGCAAAGCGACGUGGAAGAAGAAGAGGAGAUGAUCUACUUUGCAGACCCCUCCCUCUUCAUCACCGAUCCCGACUUCUAUUACCAGGACUUCGCCCGCCGGGACGACGACCACUUCCAAGUAUUUCGAGCUCAGGACUACUCAUGGGAGGACCACGGCUUCUCCUUGGUCAACAGACUGUAUUCGGACAUCGGCCACCUCCUGGACGACCGAUUCCGAAGCGUCACCGCCCUGUCGUCGCAGCACAGCCCCGACCUGAAGAGAGCCAUCUGGAAUUACAUCCACUGUGUCUUAGGCAUCCGGUACGACGACUACGACUACGGAGAAGUCAACCAGCUGCUGGAGCGAGAUUUCAAGCUCUUCGUCAAGGCCGUGGCGUGUUUCCCCGACCCCACCAAAACUCCAGCCUGCCCGCUCAGCUGGGCUCCACUGAAACCGUCGGAGCGGAUACACGUCAACCUGCUGAUCAUGGAGGCGCGGCUGCAGGCGGAGCUGCUGUACGCGCUGAGAGCCAUCACUCAGUACAUGAUCGCCUGAGAAGUCGUGAAGAAGAAGAAGAAGAAGAAGCACACUUGUUGAUUGACGUCUCUCCUCCGCGCUUGGAGCUCCAGACCAGAGACCUGCUGACGUUACCGAGCCGACUCCGGUGACAUUUUUUUUUUUAAGAACACCGAGAGUUUUUUUUAGAAACUCAGCCUGGUGUUCUUUUUGUCGUCGGUGAUAUUUAUAUACCAGAGCGUGCCACACCCACCACCCUCAUCAUCAUCAUCAUCAUCAGCGUAGUGUCAGCACUUGAUGGACAUGUGCAAUCAACUCUUGUAGGUACUAAAUAAUUUCCUUCAACUAUUUGGACAAGAUGAAUGUUCUCCAAAAGGAGGAGGAGGAGGAGGCGGCGAAGGAGGAGGCCUUUUUUUUUGUUUUUUUUUUGGGACAAUCCUCGUCAGUGUUGUCGUACUUUUGAAGGAGCGUUUUGAAUAUCCUGAGCUAUUUGUACAAAAAAAAAAAAAAGCAAGAAGAAAAAGACUAGCUAACGACAUCACCUUAGUUUCUUUAAAAUAAGCACUUUUAAAACUUUCUAUAUUUAUAUGAUGCAACUUAGCUUCUUCGUACAAAUGGACUUGACUUGU